AUGAUUCAUGAAAAAGGCCCAUUCCUCGUGCAUUUUACCAUUUUAAUAAACUUCUCUAUUCUUUCUACGAAUACUGGUUUGUGUGUGCUUUUAUUUUCUAGAGUUGCUGGUUCAAUCCCCACAGCCACCACCAUUGUGCACAAUGUUUCAAAACUACAGUCAGAUUCAGAGAGGAAUGCAACGGACACUGAAAGACAGCUGCAGAACCAGAGAAUUAAAGAACUACUCUUCUCUAGCCCUGUGACACCUCGGUCUUGUAAUACCUGCGAGGAGGGCUGGACAGCAUAUAAUGGAAAGUGCUACAGCUUCUCUUCUGAAAUGCAGACGUGGUUUGAGAGUCGUGAUUCAUGUGCUGCAUCACAAGCUCAUCUGGUCAUAAUAGAGAGUAGAACAGAGCAGAAUUUUCUGUUCUCUAGAAAUUUACUGAAUUACUGGAUUGGUCUUAAUGAUCUGGAAACUGAGGGACACUGGAUUUGGGUGAAUAACCAAACUCUCAAUGAAACGGGUGUAGAGUUUUGGCUCAGAAGGAACGAUAACAAAAAUGAACCUGAUAACUGGAGUGUCGAUGAUGCUUCUGGAGAGAACUGUGCAUGUAUAGCUAAUCAUGUUCUAAACGCUUGGUUUGAUAACUCCUGCACAAUGAAGAAAAACUACAUCUGUGAAAAGAAAUAUUCAUUUCCCUGCAUUGACAAUUAUGAAAGGAACUAAAUUAAACACACGGUUUUAAAUGUCAUCGGUUGUCAGAUUGAAGAUGUUUCCCUGUAACCUAAUAAGUGUUUGAAAUAUUAAAAUAAAUACA